AUGGAGCAGCACGAACCGCAGGGAACCACGUCCGAGCUCGCAAGGCUUUGCAGAGAGGCGAUAAAGGAAGACCUUAAAGAGAGAAGAGCAGAAGUGCUGGCUGAAGCUGCAGAGGCGGGGAAAAGCAUCCGCUAUGCCCGUCGAGACUUCGCCAGUCGCAAGACGAGGAUGACUGCUCUCCGGAACCCGAAGGGAACAACCACUGCAUCGAGAAAGGGGAUGGAGACAAUCAUCUACUUCUACUCGUGA